CGCGCGGCCGUCAAUCGGAGCAUUAGCUGUGAAAAAAUAGUAGAGAGCGGACGUGAAAAAAGGAAAGCGAAAAAGCAAGUUUUUGAACAUCAAAAAGUAUUAUUCAAAAAGUGCAGAACCCAAAAAGUUUCGAGAGAUAAAUUGAGUUUUUAUUGUGCGGCAAAUUAAAAAAUAAGCCAAAAUGCAAAUUUUUGUGAAGACUUUGACUGGCAAGACCAUCACUUUGGAGGUUGAGCCUUCCGAUACCAUUGAGAAUGUCAAGGCCAAGAUCCAGGACAAGGAGGGCAUCCCUCCAGAUCAGCAGCGUCUGAUCUUCGCUGGAAAGCAGCUGGAAGAUGGACGCACCUUGUCGGACUACAACAUCCAGAAGGAGUCCACCCUUCACUUGGUUCUCCGUCUCCGAGGAGGCAUGCAGAUCUUCGUGAAGACUUUGACUGGCAAGACCAUCACUUUGGAGGUAGAACCCUCCGAUACCAUUGAGAACGUGAAGGCCAAGAUCCAGGACAAGGAGGGAAUCCCUCCAGAUCAGCAGCGUCUGAUCUUCGCUGGAAAGCAGCUGGAGGACGGACGCACUCUAUCCGACUACAACAUCCAGAAGGAGUCUACUUUGCAUUUGGUGCUCCGUCUGCGUGGAGGCAUGCAGAUCUUCGUCAAGACUCUUACUGGCAAGACCAUCACUUUGGAGGUUGAGCCUUCCGAUACCAUUGAGAACGUGAAGGCCAAGAUCCAGGACAAGGAGGGUAUCCCCCCAGAUCAGCAGCGAUUGAUCUUCGCUGGCAAGCAGCUGGAAGACGGACGCACCUUGUCCGAUUACAACAUCCAGAAGGAGUCCACCCUUCACUUGGUCCUGCGUCUCCGUGGAGGCAUGCAGAUCUUCGUGAAGACUCUUACCGGAAAGACCAUCACCCUUGAGGUCGAGCCAUCCGAUACCAUUGAGAAUGUCAAGGCCAAGAUCCAAGACAAGGAGGGAAUUCCUCCAGAUCAGCAGCGUUUGAUCUUCGCCGGAAAGCAGCUGGAGGAUGGACGCACCUUGUCCGACUACAACAUCCAGAAGGAGUCUACUUUGCAUUUGGUUCUCCGUCUGCGUGGUGGCAUGCAGAUCUUUGUAAAGACUCUCACUGGCAAGACCAUCACCCUUGAGGUUGAGCCUUCCGAUACCAUCGAGAAUGUUAAGGCUAAGAUCCAGGACAAGGAGGGAAUCCCUCCAGAUCAGCAGCGUUUGAUCUUCGCCGGAAAGCAGCUGGAGGAUGGACGCACCUUGUCCGACUACAACAUCCAGAAGGAGUCUACUUUGCAUUUGGUUCUCCGUCUGCGUGGUGGCAUGCAGAUCUUUGUAAAGACUCUCACUGGCAAGACCAUCACCCUUGAGGUUGAGCCUUCCGAUACCAUCGAGAAUGUUAAGGCUAAGAUCCAGGACAAGGAGGGAAUCCCUCCAGAUCAGCAGCGUUUGAUCUUCGCCGGAAAGCAGCUGGAGGACGGACGCACCUUGUCCGAUUACAACAUCCAGAAGGAGUCUACUUUGCAUUUGGUCCUGCGUCUGCGUGGUGGCGCUCUCUAGAUUUUCUCACUUUUAUAAAAAAUAAUCUCAUCCAUUUGAUCUUGCCACGGCAAAACACAAGUAUUCAUGCUAAAUUUUAGUUAAUCGGCUUUGAAAAAAGGCUUCAAGUAUAAUCACAACAUAUAUUGGUAUUCUAAAAAUAAAAAUUCAAUUUGUGUGUUCAAAAGUAA